UUGGCCUGUAAAAUACUUUUUUAAAAUAAUUUGUAAAUCCAUGUACAAAGAUGCAAAAACGCAUAGUGUGGUGGUGGUACCAGGAACCUGUCAACACUGACUCUGUGUUUUGGGUACCAAAUGAUUUGGAUUCAGCCAGAACCUCCGAAGCAGCUCAUUGCUAUAUUCAGAAACCUGACCUCUGUGCGUCUUUUCGGUAUCUUCAGUGAGUGUGAUCUGAGCUGGACACUGUUUAUCCUUGAAGCUGCACCUGCCCUACAUGAUUUAGCAUUAUCUCGACAUUCAUGUGCCAAGCCGCACAAGAACAGUGCCGAGAAGACCAACGUGGUGUGGGAGCCAUCCAAGGAUUUGAAGCACCUGAACUUGGAGGUGCUGCAGAUCUUCGGGUGUGAGGAUGAAGACAAGGUGACAAACUAUAUGAGGCUCGUCAUGGAAAGAGCUGUGGGGUUGUUGAAAAUCCAGUUGUAUGGUGAAAGCCCAUGCACAUACUGUGAUGCCACCAGCCUUGAAAGAUCCAAGGCGGAAAAAGCUAGCAGGCAUCGGAUUAAGGAGCAACUCACACAUGGAUCAUCCUCAUCUGUGGAGAUAAUUAUCUGUUGACGGAUAUGGUCAGGGAAUGCUAGUGGUCUCGUAAUGCUCGCAGGCUUGCCGCAGCUUGAGCAAUGACUGUAAGAGGCGCAGCCAGUUGUAAUUCUAGUUUCUAGUUAUUGGUAACCUGAGAAUACUUGCUCCGUGUGGACCUCGCAAUUCUAAUUUCUGGUAAUUAGUAGCCUGGGAAUACUUGAUUCCACUGUGGCUAAAUUAUGUGUGUACUUGAAGCUGGAUGCAUGUUUUUCUCUUUCAGUUUACCGAGUAAUUC